UUAAGAACUAAUUCAACUGAUUGGGUCACGCAGAAUUUCGAUUAUGACGUAGUCUGAAGUGAUUGGACAGCCUCGAGAUGGACAAGUUUUAACUCCACGCGCGUGCAGCAGCGAAACCUGCAUAAAGAAAACAGAAACGGUUGCGGAUUAAAGAUGGACACACGGUUGGUGCUUUUCCUCGCGACGCUUCUCGGCUUUUGCACGUGUAAAUCGCAGGAUAUUUUAUUAGACGAAGUUACUGCAGACGUGGUCUCCGACUUUGUCACGUCGGUGGAGUUCGGGAGCGCGCGCUCCGUGUGCCGGCCGGUACCGAGUGCCAUGACUCUCUGCCGUGGGCUCGGGUAUGGGCACAUGCGGCUUCCCACGCUGCUGGGCCACGAGAGCGCGCGAGAAGCGCAACAACAGUCCGGCGCGUGGUUGCCUCUGGUCCAUAAACGCUGUCACAGAGAUAUCACCCGAUUCCUGUGCUCGCUCUUCGCCCCGUGCCUACCGGAGCUCGACCAUCCCGUGCGCCCGUGCAGGAGACUAUGCGAGAACGUGCGCAAUGCGUGCGCGCCUGUUAUGAACGCUUUCGGGUUCUCGUGGCCGCACGCGUUUAACUGUAGCCACUUCCCGGGACUGAAUUCGACGCUGUGUGUUCCGGGAAGUGACGCCACCAGCCGGGAUGUUAUUGACGUCCUCCAAGGUAACGUGUUGUGUGACGCCUGCAGACCAGAAUCUGAUGCAGAGCAUGAGAUUGAGGAAAACUUCUGCAGAAGUCAGUUUGCAUUCAGGCUUCAGAUUGGAUCCUCUUCCUUGGAGGGUUUGGACCUACGAGUGGAGCCUCAGGGGCAGAGUCGGGUCCUGCGUUGGGAAGGUGGAGAGCAGGAGCAGCAGGUGGCGAUGCAGCAGAGCGCCCUCUGGCUGAGAGAUGCUGGUAACUGCUCAUGUCAGGCACUAGAUGGGCGGAGCUUCGGUCCACUUCUGGCUUUAGGGGACUUGAAGGACGGACGCAUUGUUUUAUCCCGACUCGUAAAAUGGCCUCAUCGUGAGAGAGAGCUGAAGAAGUUCAUUAGAAAACUGAGCAAAAAGCCAUGCUAGCAGUAAAUCAGUUCCCAUCUAACAUUCAGGUUUGAGAGAAAAAAAGUUUAAUGAAGAAAAAGGUUGAUGGUGAAACCUGAGGUCGAGUCGAGAGCUGAUAAUACUUCUGUAAGGACUUGAGUUUAUUAGAAAGCAGAUUUACACCCUGCAUGGGGGUUAAUGACCAACUAGCGACGUGCACGUGCACUGUAAUAGUGUUUUUAACUCUAAUAGCUGCACUGUGAGUUCACCCUUAUUUUAGUCUUUAAAUGAAGACCUGAAUUUAAAAUAAUUUUAACAGUUUGUGUUCUAUUUUUAUUUACACUACAAAUAAAAAUGCAUCUGAAACACCUGGUUUAUUUGAAGAAACCUGAUAUGCUGUUGUUCUAAUGUGCCUCAUGUUUAAUACAUUUCCUCAGGUGAGGUUCUGACUCGUGAAAUUUUAUGCUAAUGUGAAUAAAAGAAUGUUUUCCUCAUCAA